UAUGCGCACGACCAGCCGCCGCCAGGCGGGGCCCGCCGCCUCCGACGCCAACACCUGCGCGCGCAGAACUGCGGGGAGGCGGGGUCAGGGGGGUGGGGCCUCGGGUCAUCUCCAUCCUAUGAGUCAGUCAGGGCUGGGCAGGGAGGCCUAGGCAGCGAUUGUGAUUGAAAGAGGAGGUCGUGCGGAGAGGUCAGACUGGGAGAGGAGCUCAGGAGCCUGCAAUAUAUUAGAGGUGUCAGCAAAGCAAAGCUUCGAAACUCGAGAGCAUGGGGGAAGAAAAAGUCCCUAUUAAAGCCACCAGGAAACUCAGGGCCACCUGCUUGCCCCUCUCCACCUUGUACUUACUUUUUGUCAUCUUCGUGGUAUCCACUGUCUUCCACUGCCACAAGCGCCUGGCCUUGGUGCCCACCCCCUGGGCCUCCUCACCCAGAGUGCUACUGGCCCCCGGACAGCUCCCAAGGGAGGGCGUGUUCACCGUGGACGCAGUGGGCCGCCUAGGGAACCAGAUGGGCCAGUACGCCACGCUGUAUGCACUGGCCAAGGCCAACGGGCGGCCGGCCUUCAUCCCCGAGCACAUGCACAGCACGCUGGCCCCACUCUUCCGCAUCAGCCUCCCAGUGCUGCACAGUGCCACAGCCCACAGCAUCACGUGGCGCAACUACCACCUGGACGACUGGAUGCAGGAGCGCUACCGCCACAUCCAGGACCGCUACGUGCGCCUCACCGGCUACCCCUGCUCCUGGACCUUCUACCACCACCUGCGGCCCGAGAUCCUGCGUGAGUUCAGCCUGCACGAGCACGUGCGCCGCCAGGCCCAGGCCUUCCUGGGGGAGCUGCGCGUGCAGGGCUCGCGGCCCCGCACCUUCGUGGGCGUGCACGUGCGGCGUGGCGACUACGUGCACGUCAUGCCCCGCGUGUGGAAGGGGGUGGUGGCCGAUCGCGGCUACCUGCAGCAGGCCCUGGACUGGUUCCGCGCGCGCUACCCAGCGCCGGUCUUUGUGGUCACCAGCAACGGGAUGGCCUGGUGCCGGGAAAACAUGGACACCUCUCGCGGGGACGUGGUGUUCGCGGGCAAUGGCUUGGAGGGCUCGCCGGGCAGGGACUUUGCUCUGCUCACGCAGUGCAACCACACGGUCAUGACCAUCGGGACCUUUGGGAUCUGGGCCGCCUACCUCGCAGGUGGGGAUACCGUCUACCUGGCCAACUACACGCUGCCUGACUCCCCCUACCUCGAGGUCUUCAAGCCCGAGGCGGCCUUCCUGCCUGAGUGGGUGGGCAUCGCCGCCAAACUGGGGCAGAGCAGCCUCUAGUCCUGGGCCUGAGCAUCCAUCGUCCUGGUCCCCCAAAAGGCGGUGUAUAUGGGCACAGCUUGUGGCCUCAGAUCCCUUAGGGAGUUUGAAUCCAGCUAUACGUCUGCUGAGUGACUUGCACAAAUGACUUCACCUCUCUGUGCCCCCCGGAAGCGGGACUUACUCAGCAACAAGGGGGUGAGAAGUGGCCGAGCUCACCUCGGGUCAUGGCUGGGAGAUGCCUUGGUGCCUUAUCAGUGGGUGGGAAGUGUUGGCCAUUGUCACAGUGGCUGGCAUGGCGUUUGGAAACUUGCAGCACGAGUAGCAGAGUCCAGAGUUCUCACAGCAUCUCCCGGGAGGAGGAACAGCCAGGCUGUUCUGCCCUGAGGUCUGGACAGCCGCAACUUGUGGUAGCUGAAAGCUUGGAGCAGAGAGGCCUUGGCGUGUGUGCAGGUGAGGAAGACGAUCAGGGAGCCAGGCAGGGCCCACUGGCCCUGACACAGGCAUGCAUGCACACUCAGGAGGCGCCCACAAUGCCUGGCCUCAGCCCGCAUUGAGCGCUGUGCUGAGGAUACCCAGUGGGCACCAUCUCGACCUGCGCUCUGCGGCCAUGGCAGCUUGGACACUACGGAGUGGGUGGCUCACAAGGGAGGGAGGCUCACGGUGCUUCGACAUCAAGGAGUAUGGCACCUACACCCACUUGGCAGCAGGAGAGGCCUGGUGGGGGCAGUACAGGGCACAGGGCACCAGGAUCAGGUCUGGACUCCUGUUACAGCCAUUGUCCUGCUGGGUCAGAGCCUCUCUCAGAGGCCUCAUUUAACCGCAUCACCUCCUAGGGUCCAACUCCCCAGUACCCAGGCUUGGUUCAAACUCCCACCUCCAAGCUAGGCAUGGAGGAGCUGACCUCUUACCCCAGCACUAUGGAAGGGAGAGGCAGGAGGAUUGCAAGUCUGAGCCUAGCCCAAGCAAUUUAGUGUCCAAGUGAGCUCAUGUCUCAAAAUAAAAAAACAAAUACUGAUUUUA